AGUAUUAUUGACCUACCAGUUUGUUUGCAGGUACCCAUCCCUCCAAUUCUUGGUUCCUAUCAAAUGAAAGAAGAGGAGCAAAAUUUAAAGAUUACAGUUAAUCUGAAACUACAUGAAAGUGUCAAAAAUGGAUUUGAAUAUUGUGAAGCACAUAUUCCCUUUUUCAACAGGGGUCCAAUACUACACGCUGAGUGUAAGGUGAACCAUGGGCAACUGGAGGUGUCACGGGAGAAAAGCUUGCUGGUCUGGGUCCUCGGUCAGAAAUUCCCUAAAUCUUUGGAAGUAUCUUUAACUGGUAUUGUAAUGUUCCCUGCAUUUGGCAUAUCAAACCAUUCAGCGCAGCUAACUGAUCCAUUCUGCACUGGCCUUACUGCAUAUGUUAAGCUUUACUUUCGAAUACCAGAUUAUACACUGACAGGUUGUUAUGUGGAUCAGCAUUCUAUACAAGUGUAUUCAUCAGCAAAACCCAGAAUCAUCACAUCCAGGGAACUACUUUCUUCUGAGUACUACAUCUGGAACUCCAAAGGUGAUGCACCCGUGGCCAGCAGGCCAUUAGUAUCCUUACGAAAUUGGGAGUGAACAUUUGGGCGAAAUGUUUCAGAACAAAAAUCUUUUUUCAAAACAAGAUACAAUAGUUAACUAUUCAGUUAUCUAUUUUAAAUUGUAUGAAACAAAAAUAUAUCCUAAUUAUAAUGGUAAAUUUUGAUCAAGUGAUGUACAAUGAUAAGUAUUGUAAAUAUAUUAAUAAAACAUGAAAAAUUUGCCUGAGUGAGCCACAGUAAUUAUUACAAAUAUGAUGAUCUGUAACAUUUUGGAGAGUUCUUUCUUGACCUGCUAUCUUGAAUACAUUGAAUAAAGGAUACUGUGCUAAUUCUGCAGCUAAUUCAAGCAACCAUUAUUGUCCGUGUUGGGAGCUCCAGUCUCAACAUCAUACUGCCUUACUGCCAACAAUUUACAGGUCGACCCUGAUUCCGCAGUUUACUGUGGUCCAAACAUAUACCCUGGAAGCAAGGACCAGGGGGCUGCCGGGAA